AUGGCUACAAGACAGAGCUCCUCAAACACUGAUCCGGGGGUAGCCAAUGAGUCGGUGUUUGAUGAAAGUGCCGAGGACAGUUAUGAAGGGGAUCAGGAGCGGCCGACGCAGCGGCGGCUGAGCUCUGGAGUGCUUGCGCGAUUGGAAGAAGAUGCAGAGAUGCCCGCUGAGCAUGCCUGGGAUAGUGUGUGGCCGGCAGCAGUCGUUGUACGCCACCGCAGUAGCACCUUGGCGCCCUCCUCCGAUGCUGGUCCUUCACGCUUCCCAACCGCUCCGGUUUCGCCCUUUGUCACUCCAUCGUUCUCUCCCUCCGUCGUAUCAAACAGUACAGUGUCAAGCGCCGGCCGACGGCCCUCCUCCCCAAGUCACGAUGCGUAUCAUCGCAGUUCACAAGAUAACACAACGUCCCCUACGAGAAUCAUGAGUGGACAAAGUUCAGGCGGUUCCUCACGGUGGUCGCCGAGAGUGAAUGAGGGUCUCGUUUCGCCUACGUUCGGAGAAUCUGGGGAGGAGCUAAAGGGUGACCGUCGGAGAAGACGAUCAAUAUCAAGUGGGGAGGCGGCGCCUUUGCACGCGCCAAGUCCAUCGACUGGGCCCGUACCUAUUGCCUCAUCGUCAACGAGCAAACAUGGGAGGUCUCUAUCGACCUCGUCGUCAAAUACACCCUCUGCGUCAGGAUCUACCACCCCUCAAACCGCAGCUUCACAAAGUUUUGCUUCUUCGACACUUGCAGCUCCUGCAAACAAGGGUCGAACAAGAGGUCACUCUCUUUCCUCGGUACGCAAUGCGUCCAGCCUCAGUCUCCCUGUCGAAUCGCAAGCUCGCGCACCUUCCCCUCUCGCCCACCUCGCACAUUCAUCGCAUCCCUUGCAUUUCAACCUUUCCCCUAGACCGUCACCGCGAAGCAGCCCGAGAAGCAGCCCGAGAGUGGCCCCGAUGGGGUCCCCGCCUAUUGAACGGCCAAAAAUGAACGACAGACUUGGGAGUGGUCAAGAAUCAUCUUCCCUUCCGCCCAUCGCCCUGCCGCCAUCCAUCGCACCUCAUAUCCCGCCUAUCGAUCAAUCUGUCCACGCGUCUCCCGUCCACCCUCGCUCUCCCUCACCUCCCUUAUUCCUUCCCCUCGCCCGUCCUGCCGUCCUGCGGCGUGCUAUCAGCGAUUUUGACGAUGGCAAUAAGCUCCGACGAGGUGCCGGUACGCUAGGCGGAAGCGGUCCGCCUGUUUUGCAGCGUGCUUUGAGCGAUACCACCGAAGGCGAGACCGAAAAGGUCAGGCGCCUGACAUCGGAGUCACUGUCCCCAGGGAUGGGCACAUUGCCUCUGCCUGCAGCUGGUGGCUCGACGUCGUUAAGGAAAGAACCUGAGGGGCUGGCACAAAAGCGGAAGUCGCCUCGGCGGUCACCCACGGUGCUGCCUAUGCUUCAGGUACCGCAAGGGAAUGAAGGGUUCGAGAGCGUCGUGGAGAGUCCCAUCACGAUGAAUUUGCAAGAGAGGGCAGAGCUGGAGAGAAGGAAGGAUCAAGAAGGAAAGGAAAAGCUGGAGCAAGCAAUAGGAGAGGGAACAAUCGAGGAGCAUCCAGAGCAAGAACAGGAAGAGGAGAUCUACGCCCAAGAGAAGAACCCCUUCGAUCAAUGGCCUGGCGAACCAGUGGAACCAGACCAUGUUGGCGAUGUCUCCUUGAUGGAUGAAGGAGAUGUCCUUCCCUCAGCGGACGACAUACCACAAAUGGACGUUACAUUCGACGACGAAGGCCUCAAUACGCUUGAGCGUAUCUUCCUCUUGUCAAAGUCUGAAUACUCCUUCCACCGCGCUUAUGUGGCACGCGUGCUCGGGGAUCUGCUGAACGAGGUUGACCCCUGUGAGAGCGUCGAGUAUGUUCUGCCCUUGUUGAGUGGGUUCUCGAUGGACGAAGAUUUGAGUGUGAGGAUGGCUUUCGCAGAGGAGCUGCAUCGAAUCCUGUGGUAUUUCUAUUCCACAUGCCGCCUGGUUGAGGAAGAAGUCGAUGCGGAAGGCUAUGGACAGGAAGCCGAUCACGCGGAAGAGGAUUGGGCCGCAGGGUACGAAAGCGCAUCUUCUGUCAAACCUUACCCUGCAUCAGCAGCCUCACCUCAACCCGUCUCUGCGUCUGCCUCGCCGCCUCGCAAAGAAACAGUCACGGUCACCUCUGAGGGUGUAUCUGUCGUCCCCACGCCGACCCCUGCCGAAGCCGCUGAAGAGGCUGUCGUUGUUGAGCCUAAACCCCCCAGUCGACAAGCGUCGGGCUCGAUUCCAGCCAAUGCCAGUGCUGGGCCCUCCAGCCAAGGCUCAGAUAAACAGCCUCAGGCCGGCAAUUCAGCCACCCCCUCUCCAAGUGAGGAAGAAUUCGGCACACCUGGAUCCACAUUGUCUGAAGAGACGGCCUAUAGCCCAGGGCCCAUAAUCAAGCCUUAUGCGGAUGAUGGCUCAGGCGUGAGCAAAAAUGAGCUGGGUGUGCUGGUCGAUCGACCUGCUCUCCAGGUCGGCUUUUUCACGCCUCUUAUAGGGUCUCUACUACUAUCAGCUGAUCCAGCCGAUAAAGAUUUCGAGAUCCCCACGGCUGUUCGCUCUGGAGUUGUUGCGCUUCUCUCGAGGCUGAAGGGGAGGGGCGAGCAGGGCGGUGAUCUAGCAGUGGAAACGUGGGGCCAGGCGGCUUUAGCCAAGGAAGCCGACGAACGUCGGACGUUUCAAACUCAGACUGGGCCUCAUCAACACGAUCUCCGACCUUUCACUCGAGAAGAUAGGGAGAUGGUUGAGAGAGAACUGCUCAGCGGUAUCAUCAUUGGCAUGGGCCAACUUUCGACUGAAAUGCCUGCAGACUUCGACUUUACCCAGUCUUCUGAAGGAGACUUGAAUCCACCCGACCCUGAAGCAUUCCAAGCGCAGCUUUUACAUGAAGCCACCACUGGCCGAGCCACCAGUGUCAAUCUUAUCGGCCAAGUGUGCGAGUUCUAUGAGGAGGCGGAGGUGGUCGGGCAUCAGUUCGUUGACGAGGUGCUCAGGAGCUGGGAUGGGGAUGCUACUGUGAGAGCAGAAGCCGCAGAGGCGAUGAGUUUUCUGGUCAAGAAGGUGCCGGCUGAGCAGGUUUCUCAAAUGAUACCACUCUUUGAGCAUUUCUGCGGAGACGAGAAUGAUUACGUCAGACAAUCCGUUUGCCGUGCUAUCCCACCUCUGUGCAAGCGUAUCGAAUCCAUGGACGACCGCCGCUCGUUUGCAGUGAAAGCCAUGGAGACCUUGACCAACACUAGAGUCGCGCCUGACUCGUACUUUGCUCCUGGCUCUAGCGGCCAAGAUGACUAUGUACGAGUGGCUGCCCUAGAGAUGCUGGGCGAAGUCAUUUACAUUUUCCACGAGGACUCUAGGGGACCGCCGAAGGCAUUGUUGGACAUCUACAGGGAUGAUUCGGAGGUUGGACAAGAUGACCAUGAAGCGGAGUGGGACCUUAUAACCAUGUUUAAUUUCCCGGGCGUCUGUCUGACUCUUGGUUCCGACGGAUGGCACGAGAUAAGAGAGCUCUUCCACCGGUUGGUCGAUCGCGCGGGAGACAGAGUCUUGCGUAUUGUGGCAGCAUUCCUGCACGAGCUUGCCAAGAUCCUCACCCCUGCCCAGGUCGUUCAAGACAUUCUACCAGUUUACACCGUGCUUCUUGUUUGUGGAGAAGAUAUCCGCGAGCGGGUAUUCGACCACGUUGAGAUCAUUGUUGAUGCGGUCCCAAUCGAGUAUGGCUGGGAAUUAUUCCGAAAUCUGGCUCAGGCUUGGAAAGAUGGUACUUUGGGUGGAUGGCGAGCCAGGGAGAAGCUAGCUCUCCAUAUCCCUAGUUUCCUGAAGACUUUCCAAUACUGGAAUGGGGUUAGCGAAGUGCUGGAAAUGAUGAGAAGCGCAUUUGUGGAUCCGUUCGCUGCGGUUAGGGAUGCCGCAAUACUUGGUAUUCCUGCAGCGUACCAAGUUCUCAAUGUCGAGGUCCACUCGCAAUCGGCCGAGAACUUCCGUCAGAUCUUGCUGGAUCUGUGGUCUUCUCCCUCUUUCAGACAACGUCUGACGUUUGUCCGUUGCCUCAGACAAUUCUGUAAACCCCCACCUAAUCAAGCCGCCUUUGAAGAGUUCUUCCUCCCACAGCUUCCUCGUUUGGCCAAAGAUGUCGUCGAUGUGCGUCUUGGUCUUGCCCAAGGCAUCGCCGAUCUAUUCAUCGUUGGAGCGUACUACGAGCUAGGUUCCGAAAUACCCGAUAUCAUCAAACAGUUGGCCAAGGAUCUGUCAAUGGAUGAGUCUGCGGACGUGAGGAAUGCUGUGAUGGAGGUUGAGGUGGAAAGGCUUGAGAAAGGCAAAGGUCCCGAGGUGCUACACCCCACCGAUAAACCUGAGAACCAUGUGGUCGAUCGAGCAUCGAGGCCGGGCGAUCACGUAUCGCCAACGGCCUCUUACAACAACUCCAUUUCUGACUCGAAGAGCCCUGGGUCGCGGAUGGCGCCAGUCUCUGCUACAGCGACUCCAGACCCUAGGACCGAUUCGCCCCCCAUGUCAGCCAGACAAGGGCCUACCAUCAAUAUUCGCCGUCCUACGGAAGAUCUCUCGGCCUCCAAGUCGAGCCAAUCUUCUCUCUCGUCGUCAUACUCGAUGAGUAGCAGCGCGGAUACCAUGUGGUCCAUGCCGGAAGAUUCAAACGAGGAGACGCCGCGUCUCUCGCAGUACGAGUGGCCGGCGCGCUCUCCAAAGUCCAAAGACGAGGACGAAUCUAGUUAUGGUGGGGUGAGAGUGAGGAAGGAGAAUGAUCCAUUUGAGGCAUCGUUUAGCCAGGAGCCUGAUGAUUUGUAA